CACACGCACACACACACACACGAGUCAUCGGACCUGUCAAUCACCCCGGCGGCGCCCUUUGAUGUCGGGGUCUUCGUCUGGUCGUGCUCACUCUUGCAGGAGAACGUCAGUCCUCCUCCAGGCGGCCACGGGACGCCACGGAAAAACUUUCCCCCCUCUUCUUCCGGACUUUUGAAGAGGACAGACCCGCAGAUUUGACGUCUAUUAUUUAUUUAUUUAUUUUUACUUUUUCUUGGGUCUUAUUGGACACACGGGGAAAAAAAAGUGUCCACGGAAUCGCGCACGUCGACAUGCCUCAGCAUGGGGGGGACGACCUGGGCGCCACCGACGAGAUGAUCGCCUUCAAGGACGAAGGCGAGCAGGAGGAGAAGGUCCACCAAGAGUGCGCCUUCACCGAGCAGGACCUGGCCGACCUCAAGUCGUCGCUGGUCAACGAGUCCGAGAUCCACCAGCAUAGCCCGGGCGGCCCCGGCGGCGGCGGCGCCUCCUCGGCGGUGAGACGAGGGCAGCUGGCCGAGCAGCAGAGGGGCUUCCCGGACAAGCACAGGGCGCAGCUCGACACCGCAUCCAAGCAGCAAGAUGGCGGCGUGUACAAGACGCCAGGGUACCCCGGGUACCCCUUCCUCAUGCUGCCGGACCCCUACCUCCCCAACGGCUCCGUGUCGCCGACGUCCAACAAGGUGUCUGUGGUGCAGCAGCCCCACGGCAUGCACCCGCUCACGUCGCUGCUGCCCUACGGCAACGAGCACUUUGGCACCAGCCCCCCGCACCUGCCCACUGACAUGAGCCAGAAGACGGGUGUUCACAGGCAUCAAUCCCAGGACCUUUCAGGUUACUACCCUCUCCCUACAGGCGGUGUCGGACAGAUUACGCCCUCUAUGGGCUGGCAGAAGCAGACGGUGUACCCCGCCGCACUGUCCUCGUCCAGGUUUCGACAGUCCUUCCCCUCCAACCUUCCCGCUGCCUCGCCCUACUCCAGGUUCUCUCAUUCUCUGAUGCUGGGCCCGUCCGGCAUGCACCCCACAGGCAUCCCACACCCUGCCAUAGUGCCCCCUUCAGGCAAACAGGAACACGAGCAUUAUGACAGAGGCAUGUUUGCGAAGCCGCACAUGGAUGCCAAGCGGGAGAAGGAGCCCAAGAAGCCCGUCAUCAAGAAGCCGCUCAACGCCUUCAUGCUCUACAUGAAGGAGAUGAGGGCCAAAGUCAUCGCGGAGUGUACGCUCAAGGAGAGCGCCGCCAUCAACCAGAUACUCGGAAGAAGGUGGCACGCGUUGACACGUGAGGAGCAGGCAAAGUACUACGAGCUGGCACGCAAAGAGAGACAACUGCACAUGCAACUGUACCCCACCUGGUCUGCACGCGACAACUACGAGGCGGCAGGCGAAAAGAGUAAAGCCGAUUGGGGAAAGAAGAAGAGGAGGAAAAGGGAGAAGCAGCAGGACCCCAACACAGAUAACUGUCUGUGACUGUCCUUAGGAGGAAGAAGAAGUGCGUUCGCUACCUUCAAGGAGGAGGCUGCGCGAGCCCAACUUGUUCACAUUUAAGUGCCGUAGACUCCACGCCGCCGCCCUCCCCCGGCACCGUGGCCCGCGGACCCCCUUUCCACCACCACCAACUACAACAACAGCAGCAUCAGCGCCCAUCUCGCCCCCCUUCUUCCACAGCCCUGGGCAAACGCAAGCGCACGGAGCAGCCACUGUUGGCCACGUGACUCGGCUCGCUCGCUUUCCUCAGCAACCAAGGGGGGGAAAAAAAUCAUAUCAAAAUGUAUACAGCAGGGAGAUGUUGCAUUUGAACAAAAAAAAAUAAUCCAAGGAGAUGUGUUUAAAAAAUUUUUUUUAAAAAAAGUCCACACAAACACACAUUGUUAGCCUAACAGCAUAAUUGCCUGUUGUUUUUUUUUAUGUUUGUGGAAAACAAAACAAAAAAGAAUUCAACAAGGAAGUCCAGUUGCCUCAAGUCAACUUUUGCGCAACUCAAUGACUGAGAAUCGAUACAGACCUAAAAAAAAGCUAAUUUUUUACGAAGCACAUUAGUAUUUUUUAUUUAUAUUGUGACAAUAAAUUAAAAGCAAAAACUAACAGGCUAAUUGUGCUAUUAGGCUAACAAAUUUUUCUUUAAAAACACAUUUCUAUAUUCUUUUUAACACCAUUUUUUAUUAUUGUGUAUAGACAGGAACAUAUUUUUUUUGUCUUCAAAAAUUAUAAAAUAAUAUAAUCCUUCAAAUAAAUAAAAUCUGAAAACUACAUUUUUUGCAUGUACACAGGAAACAGAUUUUUUUCAUUUGUAGCUAAAAAUAAAAUAGUCUAUAAAUAAAAUCUGGAACAUUUUGCCCUUUUUUGCACGUUGACAGGAAACAGAUUUUACAUUUUAGCAAAACAAUGAUAAAAUAAUAAAAUACUGCAUGUAAAUAAAAUCUGUACACGCCCUUUGCUUUUUUCCCCCCAUGUAGACAGGAAAUUGUUUUUGUUUGUAGCCAAAAUUAUGAAAUAAAAUCUAGAAAUCUUUUUCCUCCAUUUUUUGCGCAUUGACAAGAAAGAUUAUUUGAUUUUGUCUUCCACUGAAAGUGAUAAAAUAAUAAAACAGUGCAUAGAAAUAAAAUCAGGAAACUAUAACUAUUUCCUAAUACUUGCACAAAGAGAGGAAACCUUUUUUUUGUCUUGAGCUAAAAAAAAGUAAAAAAAAUAGGGAAAGAGAAAAAAACAUUUCUUUAAAGAAAUAUUAAUGAGUUUUUUAACUUAAUGGUUUAAAAAUGGUAAUUAACUAAUAAAAAAAUUGUUUGGUUUCAGAUCAAAUUAAACAUCUUUUGUCAAAAUAACUUUUUACAUUGACAAUAGAUUUUUAACAGUAAAAUGUUUUGGGUAUUUUUCGCAAAAGACAAGAACUUAGUCUUACAGUUUAAUAUUUAAAAAUAAUGAAAUAAAUGAUAAGUUUAAUGAAAUAUAUUUAUUGUUUUAAAUUAAUAAUUUUAUUGGACAACAACUUUAUACCAGCAAUUCCCUUUUUCAGCCUUCAAAACUAAAUGUGAGGUGUUAUGCCGCUUGAUAGCCUAAAUGGGUAGUUUCGAUGAGAUGACUAGAUGAGGAACAAAUGUGUUUUAAAAGAAAUAUUUAGCGUCUGUGUGGACGUUAGGAUUUAUCCUUCUGCGAGCAUUUGAUCCAAUCUUUCAACUAUUUUAGGCACUUUCACUUGUGUUUCAUAUUUUCUUCUGGCUUAUUUCUAAGGUCAGAAAUUUUGCUGGUGGCCAAACCUGAGAGGGAUUUAUAUCAUUAUUUUUUCAAUUGUCUUUUUUUUUCUUCUUCCUUUGUUUUGACUGAAUAUUUUGUACACAAUCUCUAAGACGACCAAAUGGGUACUAUUAUAUUACAUGUUGUAAAGGUGUUUUUUUUUUGUUUUUUUUAUAAAUGUCAAAGUUCCCAUUGUUCUAAUUACCUUUAUGUUUAUGUAAAAAAAAAAAAAAUUAAAUGGCUUAAAAACAUUUUUAGUUGAGACUGUAUCUUAAAAGCAAUAUUGUAUGUUUUCUUAACUGUACUUUUGCAUUCACAUGGCAAGUUCUCAUUUCUGCAGUGUUACUUUUAAAUGUCCCACCAGAAUUCACUCUAAUGCUGUUUUUUAUACACAUUUCAUCAAUUCUUGUUUAGUUGACGUAUUAAAUUGUUAAAUAAA